AUGUUAGGAAUGUUAAGAGAGGAGGAGCAGCCGACAGGAGCGACUUUUCCCUUUCCUGCGGAGGCAGAUGAUGAUGGAAAACCUGCCCCGAGGAAACACUUGCCAUUUCCCAUUCAGGCUGUAAAGCCACGCGUGUGUCUUCCUGAGAAUGGCUGCACGAGCGUGGCGUCGCAGGCCGUGAGCUGCUUGGGCAGGGAUCUCUCCGUGCGGGGCGGCGAGUCCCCGGGAAAGCCAUCGUCUGGCGGAAGAAAGCCCGGGGGGAACUUCUCAGAGCCACGUGGGCUCCGCGGCGUGCGGCCGGUCUUUCCCCGAGCCGGGGCCAGGCUGUGCGCGCCGGGAGGCGCAGGUUGCCGCUGGCUGCGAGUGCGGUUGCCGGCGGGCAGAAGCAGCUCCCUGCCGGUAGGACCCCUGUGGGUUUUGUUGCCGAGCGAAGGUGGCGCACCGGGUAAACCGAGGAAAGCUGCAGCUGGCGUGCUGCAGUCGCCUGCAGGUUUCCCAGGAGAAAGAGCAACCCGACUGUCCAGCUCAUGCAGAAGGCUGACAGCCUGUCUCACUCUCAUCAGUGCUAUCCCACCAGCUCCUUUAGGAGCUCAGCACCACGUUUGGCCUGUUCUGAUCUCCCCAAUCUCCUCAUUUCUGUGCUGCAACACCACCAUCCAUAAGAAGUCAGAGAGGAGAAAAGCUCUUUCCAGCGAGAUGGAGAAGGAAUUAAUUAUACCUCUGCCUCAUCCUGUGAGACCAGAAGACAUGGAGUAACUGUAAGCUGCGAUUCUCAGGAGACACUAAGAGUCUUGGGUUCCUUCUCUGCCUGCCUCCCAAGGCCUCAGGGAUGAGAAAUCUUAGGCUUUAUGUUUUUCCCUAUGAAAUACUGUCGUGUUAAGGGGCAUAGCUGACUAACUGUUACGGGUCUGGUCGGAUUCAGGUUACUGAACUAUCACGGUCACGGAUUCACCAAUAACGUAGCACAUCCUUGAUCUAGUCGCAUUCAAUGAGAACUAUCACGGCUAGGAACAAUGCAAUGAAGGGCAGUUUAUUACAGCAACCAGGGACACAGGUUCUUUGGAUUGCCGGAGAUAAAUUCACUGUCUGCAAAAGCAAGCGAGCAUGCAUGAAAUACACAGGUACUCGUCCUGGCUAUUAAUGCGUUAAAAGGCACAAAGGCUCUAGAGAUUUCUAAGUUUCCAUGGAGACACCUGCUACAGCCAAGUGUUCAAAUCUUACCCCACAACAUCCCAAUGCAAGGGGAAGAGAGGCUCAGCCCGUCGACUGAUCCCAGAAGUCAGAAAGGUAUCCUUCGUGAUGGUAUCUUCCCUAACAUCCCCUUUCACUUAAGCCAGUUUACAUUGUCCGCUGAUCUAUUCUCUUUAGUGACCAGUGAUAGGACCCGCAGGAAUGGUGUCGAGCUGCGGCAGGAGAGGUUCAGGCUGGACAUCAGGAAGAGGUUUUUCACUGAGAGGGUUGUCGCGCACUGGAACAGUCUCCCCAGGAAAGUAGUCACUGCACCAAGCCUGUCGGAGUUUAAGAAGCGUUUGGACUGUGCACUUAGUCACACGGUCUGAAUUUUUGGGGUGACCUGUGUGGUGCCAGGAGUUGGACUUGAUGAUCCAUGUGGGUCCCUUCCAACUCGGGAUAUUCUAUGAUUCUAUGAUUAUUUUCUGUCCUUGUAGGUGGAGCUUGAGUGACUCUAGUCAGGCACAUCUUGGUUAUGAUUGGUAAAAAGUUAUCUCGCUUUUGUUUAAAGGAGAAAUUCAGAGCGCAUGCUCAGUGAGGGGUGGUCGCACCUUGGAGGCACGGAGCUUUUGGGAUGGAGGUGUGUUUUGAUAUUAUAAUGAUGACAUAAUGAGCAAAAGUUCAGUAGAGUACAGAGUUUUUUCAAAAACAUGACAGGUCGUUGGCUCAGGGUAGCAAACGUGCAGCUUAUCGGUCUCGGUGUGCACAAGAGCAUCGGGUCCGCAUCUCAUCACAGAGCCUAUCUGUGGCGUCUCCACUCCGCUCUACGCUCUGUACUGUUCCUUAGAGUCAGCACACCAAGUUCCCCUAGUGCGAUAGCAUGUGAAGUUGGAGGCCUAGGGAACGCUUAGGUAGCGCAGCUACCCUCCACCCUGAAAGCUUCUUCAAUGCUGUACAUUUUCUUUAAAAUGUGAAUAUUAGUUUAAUUUGCCUACUUACUUCAGGCAAUUAUUCCACAAGUACCAAAAGUGAUACUGAGAAGCCUAAUUCCAGCAUCUCUGUUGGUAAUAAUAGCUUCAUACUUCUGUGCUUAUCCUCGUAGCUUUUCCUUUCGCAUACUGGAAAGGCAGAGACUGUUCAACAGAGUCAUCCCUGAUCCAAAACUCUGAUUUCAUCCCAAACCAACACUCUCUGAUGUCAGUAAGAGUAAAAUUGGUAUUACUCUUGGUCAUCCUGGUCGUCGCAGUUGUGCCUCUGUUGGGCUCUCUGUCCAACCCUGUCGAUCACCCCUGUCCUGCUGCUUGCCCCCUGGGUGGUUUUUCUGGCCCUCUGCCCCGCUGGCUGUCCGUCCACCCAGUUCCUCUCUUGCUGCUUGUGUCCCGCUUGUGCCGUUUUCCUUUGUUUUUUUUUCUCCUUCUGUGCAUCACAGCCCAUUUCCGCAGGAGGCAACCGUUCCCCAUGGGAUGAACGCUGAGAGGGAUGGACAGACCUGCUUGAUGCCUGAGCCCUGCAGCCCCCCAGGGGAAGGGGAGAACGUCCGGGCAGGGAGUUCCACCGCAGUCUCCCUGCCAGGAGUCCUGCGCAAGAGUUUAAUAAAGUUCGCUUUCUGGCUUGU